AUGGAUCACGUGGUUAUGAUAUCCGAUAUCGCAUGGAUUCCUCGGGGAGUCGCAAAGGAAAUUCCGGACAAAAUCAAGUUAACAAAUGCAGAAUUGAAGGAACUGAUUCAAGGGGACGUACCGGAAACCACAGAUAACGAUGAUGACUCCGAAAAUGAGAAAAUGGAGGAAGAUGAGGAUGAGAAACCUACUGAAGGUUUGAGAGGCUCACAGCCAGAGGAAGUCGCAUCUGAUCAGGAAGAGACUAUCGAUGAUAAAUAUUUGAAAAAUUUCGAUGAAGUUGAUAAACAAGAAGGUAUGAAAGGAAUUGCCGUCUUCGCUGACAACAAGGAUGAUCCAUAUGUUACUAACCACGAUAAUAGUGAUGAUGAAGAAGAGGAAAAAGACGAUUUCGUCAUAAGACCUACAGAUAAUCUUCUGGCUGUUGCGAAGAUUGAUAAGAAUGAGUAUACAUUAGAAGUUCAUGUAUAUAACGAAGAAACUGGCGAUUUUUACUGUCAUCAUGACUAUAUUCUUGAAGCACCCCCUCUCUGCAUCGAACCAAUAUUUUAUGAUCCAGGAAACGAAGAGACUUCUGGGAAGGGAAAUUUAGUGGCCGUGGGAACCAUGGAUUCAGAAAUUCAUAUUUGGGAUUUAGAUAUUGUAAAUUCCUGCUCUCCAUUCUUAACAUUAGGAAAGAAACCAAAAACUAAGAAGCGUUCUAAGAGAGAUGGAAGCGCUCAAGGUCAUAAAGAUGCUGUCAUCAGUUUAGCUUGGAAUAAACUCAUGGAGCAUGUUAUGGCUAGUGGAGGAGCUGAUAAGCAGAUUGUUCUGUGGGAUUUAGACGAGUGUAAGCCUGCCCAAUCUAUCAGUAAGAGAAAUGGAGAGGUGCAAACAAUCGCUUGGCAUCCAGUUGAAUCCACCUUCCUUCUCGCAGGAACAAUGAAAGGCACAGUGGAAGUGAUAGAUUGUAGAGAAGAAGCAGGCUCUGCAUCUGCUCAAUGGAGUUUUGAGACUCAGAUUGAAAAGGUCACCUGGAAUCAUUUUAAUCCCUUCACCUGUUUCGUGGCUGGCGAUGAUGGUAUUUUGCGCUACUUGGAUAUGAGAAAACCAGGAGAAGUAAUUUGGGAGGAAAAGGCUCAUGAUGGAUCCAUCGGUGGUUUGGUAUUAAGUACGAAAAUCAGAGGGCUGUUGAACUCUUUUGGACAUGAUGGAAUCAUGAACACAUACAAACUUCAUGACGAUGGAAACAUCGAAAAAGUUCAUUUCACCGCCCUCAAUCUCGGAGAACUACAUUCAGCUUCUUUCAAUCCUGAUGCUGGAACUAUAGUCGCUGUUGGUGGAUCGAAAGAAGAUUUAGUAAGAGUCUUAGACUUGUCGAAACAUGAAAAAAUUGUUGAAUCUUUCCAAUAG